CCGCCCGCCGCUAGUCGGCGAGGCCCCAUAAUCUACUCUAUCACCUCUUAUUCUACCCUACUUUGCUAUAAUCAACGUCCGGAACGACUUCUCACGCACACGUCACGCCCAAUCACGAACCACAGCCGCGAUAAGAUGUCCCAACAGACCGGCUCGCACGCAUCCACAUCUGUCACCGACAGCACCUCGUUCACCUGGUCCGACAUUGAUCCCGCCUUGCGCCCAGCCUCGGAAGCGACUGAAUUGCCAGAACAAGACCAGACGAGCCCAACGCGAUUGCGAAAUGGAGAACUGGUCCCUCGGGAUCAAUAUCGGCUUCAGCUGGAGUCUGUGAAGCGCAAGCAGGGGCUUCAGGCCGCUUGCGAUGGCCUCGGGCUCACGUAUGGCAAGAAGGCCACGCUUACUCGGCUUCGUACUCUCCUUGAGCAGCACUGGUAUGGACAUGCUCAGCAAAUGCGAACGCCUGCAGUCCCUCGUCUGGCCACGGUACCGGCCACACGCUCUCCAUCCCCCGCUCAUCUCAUCAACUCCGAACCCGCUGAAGACAAUGAGGACGAAGUCGCUCCUGGAGACCCCGAUGCUGUUCUUCUGCGCGAAAAUAACGCAUCGAAUGAUGAUAUCGAGUCGAUCCUGGGAUAUGGCGAUGAUGGGAUGGAUGAGGACUUUGACGAUGAGGAGGAUAAUGAAGAUAGCACGGAGGGUACCGCAGAGAAUACCGGUGUAUACGAAGCUGGUGACCACACUUUUUGUGCCUUUGUUUGUCCAUCACCUGUCUCUCCACACCUACCCCGUCCGCGAACCCAGAUUGAUCUCGUCCUCCCCCCUGCAGCUGCAUUUCAGAAACCAGGGUGUGCACCACUGCUUUGGCCACCAGUGUUGGGCCAGCAGUCGGUUCAGUGGACAGAUGUCUUUGCACUUGUGCAGCAGCCUGAACAUCUCUGGGAUGUGUGGAAGCCGUCAAAAUUGCUCGACAGCAUGACUCUGGACGAGAUUUGGAAGUGCUGGCGCACUGGUGAGGCUACCGAGGAUUCGACAGGCGAACCCAGUGGUCUUAAACCUCCUCUCAAGUCAGUUGAGGAGUGCUUUGGAUCCCGAUGGCGUAAAACAACACAAGCACGAAAAGCGUGGCAACGAUUGCGAGAGAUCCCAGAAUGGAUCGAGGAGCAGCUUCGAACACGACACAUCUCCCUGGAUAAUAUGCUGACCGAGCUGGAAGGUAUGCGCACCACGGCAGCUGCAGGCGGAUCUAAGCUGGGCAUGAAUGCGCUUGUGCGGCACCUGCAGAAAAUCUGUGCAGAGGCUACAGACAGCAGCACGGCGUCUGCGUCGGCUAGCACUAGUGGGAUAGUAGCGACAACUCGGAAGAGGAAAGGCCCUGUGCACGGUCAAUCGAAGCGUCAAAAGCUUUCACAUUAAUUAGGCUGUUUCUGUUUAUUCUUAGGAUAUGAUGUUUAUUUGUUUUGAUUCAUUCCGUAUUGAUAUGUUACAGCAGUUCAGAGUGUGCUAUGUACGGUACUCGCUUUGUAUUGAAUUGACAUCAUGAUGUGCCGCGCGACUUUGAUCAAUGUUAAACUGUGACCACC